AAGGCGCUAAUAAGUCGCUACCAACAUAAGUACUUCGUGACCAACACCACUGGAAUUGGUCCCAAGCAGCUUACCACAGCAAACCCGAGGCAGCCGUCAACAACCACAAAGCCGAAAGCGGAAUCAAUACUGUGCUAUAACUGCUCACGGAAAGGGCAUAUGAAGCCCAAUUGCCCAUAUCCAAUACGCCCGGAUGGAUCUUGCUUCCGCUGCUGGCGCAUGGGCCAUGACCACCGCUCUUGCCCGAAUCCGGCAAAAAUCUUAAAACCACGGGAUGACGUGGCCUUUGUUACGGAUGACGCAGACUAUGAGGGAGACGCCAUCGGCGCCUUUAACUUUUCCGGUUAGCUUCAUAAAGGCGUCACUUGUCCCAAAAGAGUUGGUAGAAGAGCAGGCCAUUGGAGCUGUGUCAAAAUAUAAAGGCAUUGGAGGAAAUAAUUUAAUUAUAAUAAAACAAGUGAAAUGUAGAAUUCAGUUCUUAAAUAAAUCAAACGAAGUUGAAUUAAAUGUUAUACCAAAUGAGAGUAUGAUUAUACCAAUUAUUUUGGGACGUGACUUCCUCCGUACAUUCAAUAUUGAAUUGCGAAAUAGUGUAAGAAGAUACACUAAGAGAAACUUAUUAGAAAUAAGAGAUAAUGUUAAUUGUAAUAUGCCUAAGAUGAUUCAAUCAGUAACUGGUUCCGACGUACACCCUGCCGUUAUGAUGCCGAAACAACCUGGCGAUGAAUUCUACCAAAGUAAAACCAAUUCAGUGAAUCCCCACGAGCCUAAUGACCCCACCGCCGCUGACGUACCCGACAUUUUCGCCAUCGAUGUUUCUCACGACGAUAAAGACGUUGACACAGACCUCAAACUGGCCAAAGACCAGCGUGACGAAUUAGAACGACUCAUUGACGAUGCCUAUUUUAACCACAACAUAAAACCCGAACCGUUCAACUACGAAAUGAAGAUACAUUUAACUACUGACGUGCCUUUUCAUUGCGCCCCACGCAGACUCUCCUACGCUGAGCGAAGCCAGGUGCAAUCUAUCGUAGACGAAUUGCGCCAAGAAGGGAUAAUAAGACCCAGCAACUCUCCGUACGCCUCCGCAAUCGUACUGGUAAAAAAAGAAGAACGGCAAAAUACGAUUGUGUGUAGACUACCGGGCAUUAAACAAAUUAACCGUGAGGGAUAA